AUGAGUCCUUUACCUUUCGUUUAUUUGCGAAGAUGCCCAGUUCUUAGUUUGAUUACUUCUUAUCCCCUUUCAAACCUUGUCGAGGCUGCCGUGGUACGCAGCCCCGUCUCCUCUGCUGCUUCUCGUUCCUGCAUAGACAGAGACUGCGAGAGCAUAAUCAGAAAAAUGGUGGCUUCAACAAUUGCAGCUCCGUUUUGUUCACCCAGAGUCUCUUAUCCACCGAGAACGACGCCGUAUUUAGCUGCGUCAUCCCUUGAUGGAUUGUUUUCUCUUAGGAAUCAGAAGCGAUCUUUACCAUCUGCUCUGCCCAAUCCCCGUGCUGAUUUAUCUGCAAUUGGAUUAUCUAGUAAAACAAACGGGUUCUUGUUAAAGCAUGAGCAGAAUGAUCCUUGUGCUGGCUCGAAUUCCAGUUAUGGUCCUAUAGAAGCCAAAAAAGGGAACCCUCCCAUUAUGCCGGCUGUAAUGACACCAGGGGGACCGCUGGAUCUCUGUACUGUCCUAUUUAGGAAUCGCAUUAUCUUUAUUGGUCAGCCAGUUACUUCUCAGGUGGCUCAACAAGUUAUAUCACAGCUCGUGACUCUGGCCACUAUUGAUGAAGAUACUGAUAUUUUGAUGUAUCUGAACUGCCCAGGAGGGAGCACCUACUCUGUCUUGGCAAUCUACGAUUGCAUGUCCUGGAUAAAGCCUAAGGUCGGUACAGUAUGUUUUGGAGUUGCUGCAAGCCAAGGUGCGCUGCUGCUUGCUGGUGGAGAAAAGGGCAUGCGGUAUGCGAUGCCAAAUGCACGUAUUAUGAUACAUCAACCGCAAAGUGGAUGCGGGGGACAUGUGGAGGAUGUAAGGCGCCAAGUGAAUGAAGCAGUUCAAUCUCGUCAUAAUAUUGACAGAAUGUACGCUAGUUUUACUGGCCAACCUCUUGAGAAAGUGCAACAGUACACUGAAAGGGAUCGUUUCUUAUCUGUCUCUGAGGCUAUGGAGUUUGGUCUAAUUGAUGGGGUUUUAGAAACAGAAUACUAAAACGUAGACGUGAUACGUGAAGCUAUAGCAUGUUUUCCAAACAGUGACUUGCGCUAGUAAAAAUGGCAGAGCAUAGCGGGGCUUGAUGUUGCACAAGCAAAGUGGCAGCACGGCAUGGCAUUGGACAUGUGCCAUUUAGCAGGUGCCAGGCAAUGCUUGUUUUGCAACCUUCUUGGAACAUCUUGUUGACUGAGACAUUAAAUUGCAAACUCUCCCCAGCAAAAUUUAUUGAAAUUCCUUGCUUUUUUACAACACACUUUGCAUAUUGUAUCGCUUAUGUAAUUGGAAGUCGUGGAAUGAGUCUCUGUUGUUGUGAUACCAGUAGAACCUUAGUGAAUCAUUUAACCUGGACGUGUUAUGCGUAAGAAUAGAACCUGGCGAAGGUGUAAAAUGAAACAUCUUUGCUUAUUGGUACGGCCGGUGCUUCUCUUCAAGUUGCUCUGCCGUGUUUGUACUAGAAUUAAGUCAUAAGUCAAAAGUGACGUGGUUUCUUGCA